GUCAUUUUUAAGCCACCCAAAAAUUAUGAAUUGAUCCGACUUGGAUCGACACCGACAUUUACUGGAUUCCUUUUUGACCCACACCACAUCCUUCCAUCCGAGUUUUGUGAUAAUCAGUCCAGUAUUUCUUGCAUAACCCUGCUAACUAACAGACAACCAACAGAAACACAACCUCCUCGGCGGAGCUAAUAGAACACACUGUGCCAAGCAAUGGUUUGGUGGUUGUAACCGAGCCUUUUAGACAUCACAUGUGUCAGCUGGUUCAGUGCAAAACAAAUAUUGAUCCAAAUCUCUAUUAAACUGUCACUUUAAAACUGUUGCUGUUUGAAUAAAAACUUUGAAUCCGUGUGAAGGAAACUGCUCAUCCAAGGAAAAAUACCCUGCUCCCUUUGGGAAAAAAUACCUUUCCUGAAAGAAAAGGACCUGUUAUAUCAUCACGUGUUUGUGUGCUUGUGUUCCUGCUUUGCACAGCAGCUACUCCCUGUGUGCGUAGACAGAGAGAGGUUGGUGACUCUGACAUGAGAUAAGGAAGAGAGACGUGCUCCACGGCCACAUCUCACUUGGUUCAUGCCGGGUCGCACUGUGUGCAAGCCACAAAUUCUUCAGAUCAUGGAGCUGUGAGAUGACCAUGUCCCUGCAGGGGCUGGACGGAACCGAAGCUGCCACGGUGGCUGUUUCUCAGAAGGAAACCAACACGCGCACAGUGAAUAAGGUGGUGAAGCCACACAGGGGUUCUGGUAGCCGGCCUGUAGUCAGCCCAAAGUACUGUCCUGGAGUCAACAGCAGUCCAGGCUACCUGUGUGAGACGGGACACUGCUGCGGAGAGACAGGCUGCUGUACCUACUAUUAUGAACUCUGGUGGUUCUGGCUCUUGUGGACGUUGCUGAUCCUCUUCAGCUGUUUCUGUGCUUUCCGCCACCGCCGGGCCAAGCUGAGGAUCCAGCAGCAGCAGAGACAGAGAGAGAUCAAUCUGAUCGCCUAUAACGGAGCCUGCAACUACCCUUCCUCAAUGCUGGACCUCAGUUUUCUGGCUUCUUUCAAGUUGCCCUCUUACGAGGAGGUGGCGGCACAGCCCUGCACCCCUCCUCCGCCUUACAGCUCUGUCUUCGCCCUGCAGGGUGGUAGCAUGGGGGGUCCCAGCUCCUCCUUCCCCUAUCACCCCCACCACCGCAACCCCUGCCCUCCCUACCUGGGCCCGGGCCCCAGCGGCAUGACGUCCUCCCAGAGCUCUGACAACUACACCAGCUGCUCCUGCGAGUCGUGCUCCCUCACCUCCCCCUCGAGCACCUCCUUCUCCUUCCAGGUGACAGACGAGACGUACGGCAGCAGCCACAUCUCCACACCCAGCGAAGCCUGGGGCGCCACCUUUCCGUCCACACCCUCCCCGCCACUUCCACUGCAGCUUCAGCCUGAUGUUAUACCAGCGGCCGCUCCAGACGUCGUACCCGUGCAGAGAUGCUCCUCUAAUGGCCGUGAAGGAAACUCGCGUCCAUCGUUUUCCCUUCCUCUACGCUCUCAUCCAUCACAGCCCUCUCGCCUCGCGCUUUCUCCCCUCACCCUGUUGUCUUCCCUCCCUCCUGGUCAGGUCCAUCCUCUCAUCCUCUCAGACCCCCUUGGAAACAUGGCUGUCCAGAGAGAGAAAGAAGAAGAUGCUUCACCUCACGGUCCGACCCCCAGGCCCACACUGUCUGCCCCCAAACAGGUGCUCAUCUCCUCACAUGUGGCCACGUUCACACGUAGCAGCAGCAAAGGGGAGCAGAAGCUAGAAGAAGAGGAGGACGAAGAGGAAGACGAGGAGGAGGAUCACUUCCGGCACAGACGACUGACGGGUGACUCGGGCAUCGAGGUGUGUCGCUGCCGCGUGAAGAGGGAGGAGCAGGAGGAAGAGGAACUGCAGAAGGGGCAUGUGGGUGAAGGAGGGGAAGAGGCUGUGCAGGGGGAGGAGAGGGAGGAUGUGCUUCACGACAGCCUGGACUGUUCCCACCGAGCGAGGGCCGGCGGGCGGUCGCCUCUCUCGGACGACUGCGCCGGGCAGCGCGGCCGCGUCUCCUCCUCCUCCCGUGGCAUCCAGAAGACGGUGGAGGCCUCGUAGGCUGACGGCCAGUGAGUUCAAACCAGUGGAACAAAGUGAGAUGUUUAUGGUGAACGGCUUCAAUACAGAUCCAGACUUGCAGGUGAAAAGUUGAAUCACCUCAGGAAAGUCUUGCAGGUCUUAGUGGUUUACGAGCCGAGAGACAGGAAGAGGAAUAGAUCCGCCUGUUGUCUCUGUGUUUUAUUUCCAACGAGAACCUGAAAGUCGUAUUUUGUAGUUGGUUGAUUUGGUUCGUGGUUUAGGAGAAAACAGAUCUUUUUCUCGAGAGUGAUGAAAUGCUUACGAGUUGUUUCAUUCUCUUUCUCCUUCAUUUCCCCACAUGCUAACCAAAUCAGUUUUCACAGGUAGCUUAGUGACAACAUCCCUUUACCCUUUAGUUUUUUUAUCUCUCUGCUUGCUAAAAAAAGCAUUUUAGCUGUUGUCAGUGAUAUAGUCAGUGGUUCCCAACCUGUGGGGUCGGGACUCGAGGAUUGACCCUAUAAGAAAAAUGAAGAACGCGUUCGACCAUACAGAAUUCUGUGCUAAUUUUCCAAUGUUCUCCUGAUCGUAAACAAUCUGAGAAGCAAAAGUCCAUAUUUGGUUUGAGCUGCUCACAACUUAUCGACUUAUGCAAUGUUAGAUGGAUCUCAAAAAAAUAUUAAUUUGAUUCACGGGCUCAUACAUGUUUGGAACCACUGUCUUCAGUGGUAGAAUAGCAGUAUACCAUGUUCUAUAUGCUAUUUGAUCAGAAUCUGUAACUGUAUUUGUAUAAAUAACAUUCUUAAAGAAGAUGGAGAUUGUGGAACAGGUUAUUUUGAACAGGGCAGAUGGAAAACAGGAGUUAUAUCUUUUAAUCUACUGGCUUCAGAUUUUUUGAAAAAACCCAAUUAUUGUUCACAAAAAUAUUCCAGAUGUUCUAUUUCUUGUCGGGUGACUUUUUACUGUCACCAGCCUGUUCCCUCUGUUUACCAGAGGAAAUAAUGAGCGAAGGCAUCUAUUGUGACUGAUUCAAGGUGUGUGUGUGUGUGUGUGUGUGUGUGUUUUAUACGUUUUGUCUUCUGUAGUUCCCUUAAGGAAUGAGAGGGUGCAAACAUUGAUUUUAAAAUGUAUGGGUGGCAAAGCUUUACAAUGAUUAUACUUUGAUGUUUCAGACUGUUACAUGAAUAUUCAGCAUAAUUACCAGACUGUUUGACUUUGGAUGUAACGUGUUCUAACAUGUUCCUGUUUGGCCGUUGCCACUUCUUUUCGCAGGGCAGUGGGAACGUUGAGUUUUUAAAAUAGGCAGAAACUUUAAGCCUAAUCUCGUCACUGAUCAUGAAUGUAAAAGGUAAUGUAUUGCAGCAACAAAAAACUAAAAUAUAUAUAUAUUGGAG